CCUCGGCGGCGUCCGCGGCGUGAGCCACAGCGCGCGGGGCGAGACAGCGAGAGGGCGCGAGCCGCUCUGCUGCCUGCAGCCUGCAGCCUCCGGCCGGCCGGCGAGCCACUGCGCGUGCGCGGCGGCGGCCCUCGCGGAGACCCGGGAGCGGAUCGGCGGGCGGGCGAGCGAGCGAGCGGUGCGGGGCGCGAGGCGAGGCCGAGCCACGAGCGACAUGGGGGACCGGGAGCAGCUGCUGCAGCGGGCGCGGCUGGCCGAGCAGGCGGAGCGCUACGACGACAUGGCCUCCGCCAUGAAGGCGGUGACGGAGCUCAAUGAACCUCUCUCCAAUGAAGAUCGAAACCUCCUCUCUGUGGCCUACAAGAAUGUGGUUGGUGCCAGGCGAUCUUCCUGGAGGGUCAUCAGCAGCAUUGAGCAGAAGACCAUGGCUGAUGGAAAUGAAAAGAAAUUGGAGAAAGUUAAAGCUUACCGGGAGAAGAUUGAGAAGGAGCUGGAAACAGUGUGCAAUGAUGUCCUGGCUCUGCUUGACAAGUUCCUCAUCAAGAACUGCAAUGAUUUUCAGUAUGAGAGCAAGGUAUUUUACCUGAAAAUGAAAGGCGAUUACUACCGCUACUUGGCAGAGGUAGCUUCCGGGGAGAAGAAAAACAGUGUGGUCGAAGCUUCUGAGGCUGCCUACAAAGAAGCCUUUGAAAUCAGCAAAGAGCACAUGCAGCCAACGCACCCCAUUCGGCUGGGCCUGGCCCUCAACUUCUCCGUGUUCUACUAUGAGAUCCAGAAUGCGCCUGAGCAGGCCUGCCUCUUAGCCAAACAAGCCUUCGAUGAUGCCAUAGCUGAGCUGGACACACUAAACGAGGAUUCCUAUAAGGACUCCACGCUCAUCAUGCAGUUGCUGCGAGACAACCUCACCCUCUGGACGAGCGACCAGCAGGAUGAAGAAGCAGGAGAAGGCAACUGAAGAGCCUUCAGGUCCCUGGCCCUUCCUUCACCCACCACCCCCAUCAUCACCAAUUCUUCCUUGCCACAAUCACUAAAUAUCUAGUGCUAAACCUAUCUGUAUUGGCAGCACAGCUACUCAGAUCUGCUCUCCUGCCCCUUGGGAAGCAGUUUCAGAUAAAUCUUCAUGGGCAUUGCUGGAAUGAUGGUUGCUUUGAGCCCACAGGAGCUCCCUUUUCGAAUGUGCAGACAAGUGCGUUCUGAAUGAGGCAUUUUGAUGCCUGUUGAUCUAUGUGAAAUCCAGGAGAGAGCAAUGGGGAAGUUUAGAAAGGAGAAUUAGCCAACACAGGCUACAAUUGAUAUUUAAAUGAUCCAUUUAAAACAAGCUGAUAGUGUUUUGUUAAGCAGUACAUCUUGUGCAUGCAAAAAUGAAUUCACCCCUCCCACCCCUUUCUUCAGCUAAUGGGAAACUGUUAAGGGAAGCUGACACAAAGAGGCCACUUGCUCCUUUCCGUCAGCUUUCUAACAAACUUCAACGUGAGGUUUCAGUAGCGCCUUGUUUUGCCUCUUUAAAUUAUGACGUGCACAAACCUUCUUUUCAAUGCAAUGCAUCUAAAGUUUUGAUACCUGUAACUUUUUCUUUUUUUGGUUGCGAUGGUUUAAGAAUCAUGGAUUUAUUUUUUGUAACUUUUUGGCUAUUGUCCUUGUGUAUCCUGACAGCACCGUGUGUGUCAGCCCACGUCAAUCAAGAUGGGUGAUUAUGAAAUGCCAGACUUCUAAAUUAAAUGUUUUGGAAUUCAGUGGGUAAAUAAAUGCUGCUUUGGGGAUAUUA